CUCUCCCUAGCUCUCUCUCUCUCUCUCUCUCUCUUAGUCUACGGGACAUGGGCACCCUGCGCCGGGCGGCGGCCAUAGCAGGCCGAGCGGCCAAUGAUCUCCUCGGUUUCCUCGUCUUCACUCUCUUGGACCUGCUGGACCUCCUCCUCUGCUUCUCCUACAAGCUGGCCGACUACGCGGCGGAGGCGCAGUGGAAGCCGUGCUACUGCUUCGCCUCCCCGGGACGCGGCGGCGCCGGAGGCAGCGGCGGGGUCUUCGUCCUCUCGGUUUUGUCCUCGACCAAGCUGCAGCUCGAGGACAUAUCCGACACGCUCUUUCGCCGCCCUUCCGUGGUCUCCGACGUCGCCAGAGCCGCGCUGCAGAAGCUGAAUGUGCGACGCUGUCCGCCUUCGGCGGCGGCGGCCCCGGUGCGGGUGCGGCCGACGAGGAAGGGGGACGGCUUCACCGUUAAUAACUCGACCGUUGUGCGGAUGCCGCAGGGCAAGGUGGGCGGCGACAAGCCAAGCACCGCGCCGUGCUGGUCGGAUUGCCACUGCGACAGCUGCUGCCCGCGCGGAUCGCCCGACGAGCUCUACGUCUACGUCGAAUGCCCCACCGAUGGGAAGGCGGCCAAGGAGGACGUUCUGUUCAUCCACGGAUUCAUCUCCUCGUCGGCAUUUUGGACGGAGACGGUCUUCCGGCACCUGAGCGCCGACGCGCGGUCGCGCUACCGCCUCUUGGCGGUUGAUCUUCUGGGGUUCGGCAAGAGCCCCAAGCCGUCAGAUUCCCUCUACACUCUCCGGGAGCACGUCGACACCAUCGACCGUUCCGUCCUCCGCCGCUACGGCGUCAAGUCCUUCCACCUCGUCGGGCACUCCCUUGGCUCCCUUCUCGCCCUCGCCCUCGCCGCCAAGCACCCCGCCGCCGUCAAGUCCAUCACCAUCCUCGCGCCGCCGUAUUUCCCGGUGCCUAAGGGCGUCCAGCGGACUCAGUACUUGCUCCGGCGGGUGGCGCCCCGCCGUGUGUGGCCGCUGAUCACCUUCGGCGCGUCGGUGAUUUGCUGGUACGAACACAUCAGUCGGACUGUGUGCCUCGUUCUCUGCAAGCACCACCGGUUCUGGGAGAAGUCCUUCAAGUUAGCGACCAGGAACAGAGUCAGGACGUACUUGAUGGACGGCUUCUUCUGCCACGCUCACCACGCUUCAUGGCACACGAUGCACAACAUCCUCUGCGGCAGCUCCGGCAGGGUGGAGGAGUUCAUGGAUGCGGUGAGGGAGCGGCUGAGCUGCGACGUGGUGGUGUUCCACGGGAAGGGGGACGAGCUCCUGCCGGUGGAGUGCAGCUACGCCGUCAAGGCCAGGAUCCCGCGAGCUCGCGUCGAGGUCGUCGACGGCGUGGAUCAUAUCACAGUCGUCGUCGGCCGGCAGAAGGUCUUCGCCGGAGAGCUCGAGGAGAUUUGGAGGAAUGCUAAGGCCGAGAGCACUGUGGUUGCUGAUUAGGGAGAGACUACUGUAAUUGUAACAGUUUUAAGCGUGGAACAUGAGUAGUAAGGUAUGAAGGCGAAGAUGAUGAAGGACGAACAGUCACAUGAUAAUUUAAGAAAAAAAAUUAUUGUACAGAUCAGGGGAAGGUAUUCGAUCGAUCCGUGUGUUGUGUGUGUUGUUCUUCGAAAAAUAAUCUUUAAAUGUGAUUAUUGCUGUC